GCGCCGCCGGCCUGGGAUCCGGAAGUCGGAGCCUAGCUGCGCGAGAGUUUCUGCUCGCUCCACCGAGUUGUCGUGUUGCCCUCGCUUCUCAGAUCCCCGCCGGAAGUGUAAGUAAGAAACUUCUCUCCUCUUUUCUCACAAUGUGCGCUCACCUAGACGGCCGGGCAGUUAGGAUCGUCUAUUGGAUGUGAAACCAGAGAUGCCCGCCAGCCUGGAAUAGAGAGGAAGAGAGCAAGCAGAUUUGAACCUAUCUGCUUUCAAGCUGGUCAUCAUGAUGAAACUUAGACACAAAAAUAAAAAGCCAGGUGAAGGUUCCAAGGGCCACAAGAAGAUAAGUUGGCCCUACCCUCAGCCUGCAAAGCAAAAUGGGAAGAAAGCAACCUCUAAAGUGCCCUCUGCACCUCAUUUUGUUCACCCCAAUGAUCAUGCCAAUCGAGAGGCUGAAUUAAAGAAGAAGUGGGUUGAGGAGAUGAGGGAGAAGCAGCAAACCGCCCGGGAGCAAGAAAGACAAAAACGCAGGACCAUCGAGAGCUACUGUCAGGAUGUCCUAAGACGCCAGGAGGAGUUUGAGCAUAAGGAGGAAGUUUUGCAGGAACUAAAUAUGUUUCCUCAGCUGGAUGACGAGGCCACGAGGAAGGCUUAUUACAAGGAGUUCCGUAAGGUGGUGGAAUACUCUGAUGUGAUUCUGGAAGUCCUGGAUGCCAGAGACCCAUUAGGCUGCCGCUGCUUCCAAAUGGAGGAGGCUGUCCUGCGAGCACAAGGCAACAAGAAGCUGGUCCUGGUCUUGAACAAGAUUGACCUGGUCCCCAAGGAGGUUGUGGAGAAAUGGCUGGAUUACCUUCGGAAUGAGUUGCCAACCGUGGCUUUCAAGGCCAGUACCCAGCAUCAGGUCAAAAACCUGAAUCGUUGCAGUGUGCCAGUAGAUCAGGCCUCUAAGUCACUGCUGAAAAGCAAAGCCUGCUUUGGAGCUGAAAGCCUCAUGAGGGUUCUGGGGAACUAUUGCCGCCUUGGUGAAGUGCGCACCCACAUUCGUGUGGGUGUUGUGGGUCUUCCCAAUGUUGGGAAGAGCAGCCUGAUCAAUAGCCUGAAGCGCAGCCGCGCAUGCAGCGUGGGAGCUGUUCCUGGAAUUACCAAAUUCAUGCAGGAGGUCUACCUGGACAAGUUCAUCCGGCUCUUGGAUGCUCCAGGCAUUGUCCCAGGGCCCAACUCAGAGGUGGGCACCAUCCUGCGUAACUGCGUCCAUGUGCAGAAGCUGGCAGACCCUGUGAGCCCAGUGGAGACCAUCCUGCAGCGCUGCAACCUGGAGGAGAUUUCCAACUAUUAUGGCGUCUCUGGGUUCCAGACCACUGAGCACUUUCUGACGGCAGUGGCCCACCGUUUGGGGAAGAAGAAGAAGGGAGGCUUAUAUAGUCAGGAACAGGCGGCCAAAGCUGUCCUAGCUGACUGGGUGAGCGGGAAGAUCAGCUUCUAUAUACCACCACCAGCCACUCACACUCUGCCCACCCAUCUCAGUGCUGAGAUCGUUAAGGAAAUGACCGAGGUCUUUGACAUUGAGGAUACUGAGCAGGCCAAUGAAGACACCAUGGAAUGCUUGGCCACCGGAGAAUCUGAUGAGCUGUUGGGUGACACGGACCCACUUGAAAUGGAGAUCAAGUUGCUCCAUUCUCCGAUGACGAAAAUAGCAGAUGCCAUUGAAAAUAAAACCACCGUGUAUAAGAUUGGAGAUCUCACUGGGUAUUGCACCAAUCCGAACCGUCAUCAGAUGGGGUGGGCUAAACGCAAUGUGGACCACCGCCCUAAGAGCAACAGUAUGGUGGAUGUCUGUUCAGUGGACCGCCGCUCAGUGCUGCAGAGGAUCAUGGAGACGGACCCCCUGCAACAGGGCCAGGCUCUGGCAUCUGCCCUGAAAAAUAAGAAGAAGAUGCAGAAACGUGCAGAUAAAAUCGCCAGCAAGCUGUCUGAUUCCAUGAUGUCUGCUCUCGACCUCUCUGGCAAUGCUGAUGAUGGUGUUGGUGACUAAUCGACUGAUCUCACUUCCCUUCCGCUCCAAGCACCAGUUCCGGUGGUACGGGGGAAUACCAGUGAAAUAGUUUGGUUCUCCCUGAAGCAUAUGCAUAUUGAAAGAACGCUUUCCCCACUGUGUGUCUUCUCCCCCUCCUCCAGUAAAAACAGUCCCGGCUAGGUGCUGUGGCUCACGUCUGUAAUCCCAGCACUUUGGGAGGCCGAGGUGGGCAGAUCAUCUGAGGUCAGGAGUUCGAGACCAGCCUGGCCAACAUGGUGAAACCCCGUCUCUACUAAAAAUACAAAAAAAUUUAGCCGUGCUUAGUGGCAGGUGCCUAUAAUCCCAGCUACUUGGGAGGCUGAGGCAGGAGAAUCGCCUGAACCUGGGAGACUAAGGCAGAAGAAUCGCCUGAACCUGGGAGGCAGAGGUUGCAGUGAGCCUAGACGGCACCAUUGCACUCUAGCCUGGGCAACAACACGAAACUCCGUCCCAAAAAAAAAAAAAAAAAAAAAAAUCCCAAGGGGCUGCAGCUGCCAAAUCCAAUACCCUCUAUUUAACCCCUACUCUGUUUUACAAGAGAAAUAAAAGUAGCAGCAGCAGAGCUCAGGUGCUAACACCUGUUGAGGGCUGACCUACAAAACUCUGCCUACAAAACUCUCUUAGACAGGUGAAUAUGCCACUAGAAGUUAGGUUGCUGGUAGACCUGGGGGUCCCUGCGGGAGGGUGAUGGUUUCUUUACCACCCCACAGGAGAUUUCAGUGGCAAGGGAUGCCUGCAGUGGGCUUUGGCCCAUGCAUCUUCCAAGUCCAUAGGUCUUCACCUGGGUGGCAGUGAGAAAAAGUAGAAAGUAAUGAGCCUCCUGUGUCUCUGGAAGGUUCUAGGGAUAGGGUAGAGGGAAGAAGAGAACAAACAAGCCUGGCUUGUGCUGAAGUAUGGUAGGCACUACCCUGUUUGCGUGAAGAGAAAACAAAGCACCUGUUAGUAGGGAGGCUUUAGGGGGAAGCCCUGUCUUGGGGCCAUUCCUGGGCAGAUUGUGAAUUGGAGGAAUCUCUUUAACUGAAGUACUCUGGCUGGACCCUGCCCUUGUGUGACCAUGUCUCCUAUUGCACCAGCAUUUGAAUUCCAUGGCUCAAGAGGGUUCUGGUACCAUUUAUUCACAGACUGUAUCCUCGAGAGAGCUGCUAUAUAUGGGAGUGUACCAGCCAACUCCUUUUCCAGUGUCUGUAAGUCACCUCAUUAAAGUAUAAUUAGCUGUCUCCUCUGGGAGAUCCUACCCCAUCAGACAAGGGCAGUGAGCCCAAGCAGUGCCAGAGGCCCUCAGAAAGGGAUUAGGGUAGAUGAUUGCAACUGAAACACAAUCUUCUUUCUUUGCCAGGGUAUUUUGGGGGUUUUGCCCACAACUUCACUUCCCAGCAAUUUACUUGAGUUGACACAUUUGAAGUGGGUGGGCAUAGCAUUACUGCAGUCUUGGAUGUCUACCCCAAACUUCCACACCAUCCUUCGACCCACAGCUGCACCUUUAUUUAUUUAUUUUGCUCUGUUGCCCAGGCUGGAGUGCCAUGGCGUGAUCUCGGCUCACUGCAACCUCUGCCUCCCGGGUUCAAGUGAUCCUCCUGCCUUAGCCUCCCAAGUAGCUGGGAUUACAGGCACCUGCCACCACACCUGGCUAGUUUUUGUAUUUUUAGUAGAGACGAUGGUUCACCAUGUUGACCAGGCUGGUCUCGAACUCUUGACCUCAAGUGAUCCACUCGCUUCGGCCUCCCAAAGUGCUGGGAUUAUAGGCAUGAGCCACUGUGCCCAGCCCCACAGCUGCAUCUUAACCUUGCCUUUGCCUCUGCGUCUCAAGCUGGUACCUCCUAAUUUACAUCCUAAGAGUGGAACCAUGUGACAAGGACUGGAGUGCCAUUGGCUGUGGACUGUUCAGGCAGGGAAGUACAAGACCACUCUUGUAUUCAGAGGCAACCAAAGGAGAGAAUUACGUACUUGUUGAGUACAAACUGCACCAAGCCCUGGAGACCCAUUACCACCUUUAACCCUCAAUACAGCUCUGCUAGUAAGGGAUUCGUCUCCCCAAAUGAAAAAAAAAAGUAAUCUCAGAAUGUUGGCUGAGCAUGGUGGCUCACACCUGUAAUCCCAGUUAUGCAGGAGGCUGAGGCAGGAGAAUCACUUGAUCUCAGGAGGCGGAGGUUGCAGUGAGUCGACAUCACACCACUGCACUCCAGCCUGGGGGACAGAGUGAGACUUCGUCUCGAAAAAAAAAAAAAAAAAAGUUGACAGGAUGGCCAGACCCACGUGGGCAUAUUAAGUGGUGGUGCUAGGAUUGGAACCCAAGCGUGAUUAAAACCCUAUGCAGGCCCUUUCCUCUAUAUUGUACUGCCUCCUUAACAAAGGAAGAUUGAUUAAGCCCCUACUUUGUGCCAGUCUCUGUUAUCAAGUCCGUUAAAUGCAUUUAACGUUAAAUUUUUUCUUUUUUGGUUUAAAAAACUAGUUUCUUAAACUACUAGUUUUUAGUGUCUUGCUAAAACUACACUCUGUGCUCUUGAAUAGGCUACAACUUAUUUCACACUAUCUCAUUGAACUCUCCUGGUAUGUGAUAGUGUUAUAAUGAAAAAUUGCAUACCAGGACAGCUAAGUCUAUUUUGCAACCAUACAGCGUUUCAUAAUUUAGCAUUUAAAAUACAGACAGUCCCCGACUUUUGGUGGUUUGAUGUGGGAUUUUUGGUGGAAAAGCAGUAUACAUUCAGAAUGCACCUCUACUUAUGAUGGGGCUACUUCCUGGUAAACCCAUUGUAAUGUGCAAAUUACGGGUUUAUCAGGAGGUGACCCCAUCGGUAAUGGAGAAGUGCUGGGAGGUAAAUAUUAGAAAUGGAAGUAUCUAAAUGAGUAAGAAACAGCAUGGGAGCAUAAUUUGGCCAAAAUCAAACAGAACUAAAGUAGUCAUGUUGGUAAGAAUUCGGGACUGCAGGCCAGUUACGAUAGCUCUCACCUGUAAUCCCAGCAUUUUGGGAGGCCAAGGCAGGCGGAUCACUUGAGGUCAGGAGUUCAAGACCAGCCUAAACAAUAUGGCGAAACCUCAUCUCUACCAAAAAAAUACAAAGAUUAGCUGGGCAUGGUGUCUCAUGCCUGUAGUCCCAGCUACCCAUGGGGCUGAGGCAGGAGGAUCUCUUGAGCCCAGGAGGUCGAUGCUGCAUUGAGCCGAGAUUGUGCCACUGCACUCCAGCGUGGGCAACAGAGUGAGACUGUCUCAGGGAAAAAAAAAAAAGAGGAAAACAAAAAAGACGUUGGGAAUGCAGUUUCUCUACCUACAGCAUAUCUCAAAGGUUUUUUUUAAAAAAGUAUUUUCUUUUUACCUUCAUUUUUCAAAACAAUUAGGGUACAAUUUACAUAUAGUAAAGUUCACUCUUUAUAGUUUUAGUUAUGUGAGUUUGUACAAACAUAUACAGGAGUGAACCACUACCACAAUCGAAAUAUAGUUGCAUCACCCCCCUAAAACUCUCCAGGCCCUUUUGUAGUCAACUCCUACCCCCAACCCUCAGAUUCUGCUAACCACUGAUUUGUUUUCUGCCCUUAUAGUUUUGCUUUAGUAUGACUGUCAUAUCAAUAGAAUCAUACAAUGAGUAGGCUUAUUUUAUGCCUUCAGGUUUUAAAAAUUAUAAACAUUUACAUUACAGUAAAAUUCACUCUGGUAUACAGUUCUAUAAAGCUCUGAUAAAUGUGUAGAGUUGUGUAACCACCAAUGCAACCAAGGUACAGAACAGUCCUCUUAGCCUCUCCCUACCAAAUUUAUUCCUGCUACUUUGUAGUCAAAACCAGUCCCCUACACCCAAACCCUGGCAGUCACUGGUUUUUUUCUUCGUUCUCUUUUUUUUUUUUUUUUUGAGACAGAGUUUAGCUCUGUUGUCCAGGCUGGAGUGGUGCAGUGGCGUGAUCUCGGUUCACUGCAACCUCCGCCUCCAGGGUUCAAGCGGUUCUCCUGCCUCAGCCUCCCGAGUAGCUGGGAUUAUGGGCGCCCGCCACCACGCCCAGCUAAUUUUUGUAUUUUUAGUAGAGAUGGGGUUUCACUGUUUUGGCCAGGCUGGUCUCAAACUCCUGACCUCAUGAUCCUCCUGCCUCAGCCUCCCAAAGUGCUGGGAUUACAAGAGUAAGCCACUGCGCCUGGCCUUUUUCUUUGUUCUUAUAUUUUUGUCUUUUUUUUUUUUUUUUUUUUUUUUUUUUUGAGACAGAGUCUCACUCUUUCACUGAGGCUGGAGUGCAGUGGCGUGAUCUUGGCUCACUACAACCUCCACCUCCUGGGUUCAAGCGAUUCUCCUGCCUUAGCCUCCCGAGUAACAGGGACUACAGGUGCCCACCACCAUGCUGGGCUAAUUCUUGUAUUUUUAGUAGAGGCGGGGGUUUCACCACACUGGCCAGACUGGUCUUGAACUUCUGACCUCAAAAGAUCCACCCACCUUGGCCUCCCAAAGUGCUGGGAUUAUAGGCAUGAACCACCGUGUCCGGCCAUAUAUUUUCGUCUUUUGAAGAAUGUUAUAUACGUGAAAUUAUAUGGUAUGUAGCAUUUUGAGAGCAACUUCUUUUGCUAUGAGUAAUACAUUUGAGAUUCAUCCAUAUUUCUCAGUAUAUUAAUAGUUCUUAUUUCUGAGUCACUCCAUUGUGUGGAUUUACUACUGUUUAUUCCCCAGUUGAAGGAUGUUUAGGAUCUUUGCAGUUUUGGACAAUUACAAGUAAAGCUGCUAUAAACAUUUGUAUGCAACA